CCACGUAUUGUUUUCGCUAAAAAAAAUGAUAUAUUCUAAACAAUACAUGUAUAAUAUCAAAUAUCAAUCUCACUAAAAACAAUCACAACUUCCAACCAUAAAAUCAUAUUGUUAUUUUACUGAUUUUUAAUGUAGACAUUCCUGGCUAUCGCUACAGUAGCCACUAGCCAGUAACAAAACUGUCAGCUCUCGUCUUAAGACUUUUAACUCUUAACCCAACCAUAGUAGUAUUCACUAACCAGUAACCAACCACUCUCUUCUCCAGUUUUCUCCAUCGCGUCUCCCGAUAGGCCGCCCUUCCUGGAAAGCACGGACACCAGAAAACCAGAUCAGUUCCUUCUCCUGUGACAAUGGCGGAAGCUGCAACCACCACUCCUCUCUCUCUCUCCGAGUUGGAAUUUUAUGUUGAUUCUAAGUUACAGAGCGGGCCUAUAAAGACACCUUUCUAGCAACUUAAGCGCUCCUUCUCUUUUUCGUGCGAAGAAUUGUAACAGUUCAAGUGUUUUCAGUUGAUAUAUCUGUGAUGUAGGCUUGCCUUACCAUAUAAUAUCAGUUUGACUCUCUCUACACAUUGAAAUGCAGCAAUACUUGUUGAAGGAGAAAGAGGAGAAGCCAGUUGUUGAUGCCAAGCCUGUGGAAGUUAAAGAAGAAUUAGCUCCUGCUCCUGCUGUUUCUGAGGAAUCUGUUGCAGAGAAAGCUGUAGAGAUAGGUGAAGCCGUCGUUGAGAAAGCGGUUGAAAUAACAGACGCUGUCACAGAGAGUAAAACUGAAGAUACCCCUGCUGCUACAGAAGAAUCUACUGAAAAUAUUCCUGCUGCUGCAGAAACCACCUCUGAAGAUGUUCCUCCUGCUUCAUCUGAACAGAACUCCGGAACGGAAGAAGUUGCUGAGGAGGCCCCUGAAAUAAAGCUUGAGACUGCACCAGCGGAUUUCCGUUUUCCCACCACAAACCAAACAAGACACUGCUUUACCCGUUAUAUUGAGUACCAUCGAUGCGUGGCUGCUAAAGGAGAAGACGCUCAGGACUGCCAGAAGUUUGCGAAAUAUUACCGUUCACUUUGCCCCAGCGAAUGGGUUGAUAGAUGGAAUGAGCAGAGGGAGAAUGGUACCUUCCCUGGUCCUCUUUAAAUGGGAAGCUCUGAAUAGGCAUAUCGGGUGCUAGUUCAUUUCUGUAAGACUUUAGUUCGGAAUCCUUGGUAGGGACUACGUAUCUGAAUGUGAGAGGCAAUAAUAAAAAAUUUUGGCGGGUGAUAUUCAAACUUGGAGUGCAAACAUGGACCUAACACUGCUCAAGACACGAGAGGUGCACUUGCUCUCAUCAUCUUUACAUUGUGAGAGAAUUUUUCAUGUAUCAAAAUGACUUGUUACAAUCUAAAGGAAGAAUGGGUGAUGCAGAAUUAUUUGCGUAAUUAAAGAUCUAUGCUGCUUGCUGCCUCUCUCCUGUUAGACUCUGGCAAUGCAGUAUGCUUGUACUAGGAUUUUGGUUGUUUACCUGGGUGGAGAAUUCAUAGUGGCUGUCUCUCAUGUGUUGAUCUAUUUGUGGUGUCAUUUUUCAGUUUGAUUGAUCUCUAUUCAUUGUCUAUGCUUUGCUUUGAGGUCUGGGAUUAGUGCUUUAAUCAGGAUCUGUGCUGCUGCUCUUGUGAAUGAAGAUAGAGCAACAGUAGGAUAUUGUAAGGAAGUCCAUAGCCUCAAAGGAGUCCUCAAUCGUUGUUGCAGAAUGCCGG